AUAGCAUUAUGCUGACAGUUAAUUUUGGAUUAUAUAUACCACAUAAUAUUAAACAUGCCACAUAUUUUAUCUACACAAAGGUUUAUUUGUACCUAACAGUGUUAGAUACAGCUGGUCAAGAAGAGUUCAGUGCCAUGCGCGAACAAUACAUGCGCAAGGGUGAUGGGUUUCUCUUAGUAUACUCUGUGACCGACAAACAAUCUUAUGAGAAUAUCAUGAAUUUUUAUACCCAGAUACUUAGGGUAAAGGACAGAGACGUAUAUCCCAUGCUGCUGGUAGCCAACAAAGUUGAUUUGGUACAUUUGAGAAAGGUUACAGAGGAACAGGGAAGGGAGUUGGCUCACCGGCUGGGUAUACCUUACAUUGAAACUUCUGCCAAAGAUCCACCGUUAAACGUAGAUGCAGCAUUCCACGAGGUUGUUCGUAUUAUCAGAAAUCAACCUCCAGCCGAAUUGGAGAAAAAUCGAAGAAAACGGAGACGUUCAGGGAAAUGUAAUCUUUUAUAAAUGUUCGAAAUAUCGAAUAAGUAUUACGGGGUUGCGCCAAGUUUACACACUACCUUUUUAAAGGGUCACUUUUCUUUUCUUACAAAAGUGAAAUGCACCUGCCAAAAGAAAAAACAUCCAAACAAACAAAAAAAUAAAAAUCGUGGGUCUUCUGUCCUUCAUCGUAUAUAUGUAGGUAUCGAUUAUAGCUCGUGAAUGUUUUCUUUCCUUUCGUCGAUUCCACGUAUGAGUUUUAGUAUUAAUAAGCGUCGAACAAUUGAUAUCCCACCAUUGUAAAAUAAGUGUACAAAAUAGGAACGAUAAGAGAUGCAUCAGUCGAAAGGAAACGUUAACUAUCUCCCAAAAGUGCAACUAGAUUUUUUACAAAUGGUCGAUCCGCAUCAGUUUAAUGUUCACGAACUAAGAUCCCUCUCCCCCCGCCCCAAAAAAGAAAAAAAAAACAUAAAAAAAAAACGAAAAAAGACAAAUUUAUCGGAUAUAUUGAGUGUUCAUCUACUCGAUAAUACGAGACCACGUCUCAGUACGCGCGUACACAUCAAUUUUUGUACCAUCGGAAGAAUACACUAUGGAAUUGAGCGUUUUUAUUGCACAAUGCAUUCUAUAGAAAUCUUUUUUACUUCUUCGCGUAAGAUCCUGUCAUGAAAUGACUAUAAUGGUUUUCGUAUAUCUUUUCAGCUUCUUUUUUGAAACAGCUGUUAAACGUUAUAGCUUCAAGCGACUUUCUUUACUUUCGAUUAUAAUAUCAUAAUAUAAUCAUUAGUUCUUCGAAUCACUAAGACUACCAAAUUCGAUCGUUUCUUUUCCUUUUUAUAUUUCCUGGACGAAUUCGUUUAAAGUUUUUAUAACGCGUGUACAAUUUAUCGCAUAAUUUUAUAUUGAAUUUUUAAUCAUCGUCUCUUUGUAGCGAUGUAAACGAUACUCGACUAUUUAGUAAUCUAAAUUGACAACGAGUCUCUCUUUCGUCGGCGGAAACGUGUAUUAGGUGUUCGUAGCCUAACGAGUAACUAAUAUUUUGAAUCAGGAACGAAGCAUUCAAUGUGUAAGGGAAUAUUAUGCCUUACGGCUUUAUUAUUGGCUUUCGUAUACAACAGAGGUCUGAUGUAAAACAUCUAUCGUGUUCGAAUGUUCAAAGAAACGAAAUAUGAAUUUUAGACAUAGCGAAAGCCGAAUGAUUAGUGCAUUAUUAGAUAAUUUUAUUUAAACACAGUGCAAUGUUUUUUUCAUUAUAUUUUAUCGAUUAUUUAAACUUUAUGCGUUUUGCAUUCGAUCAAGUACAAUUCCGCAAAACUUUGAUUAUGUCAGACCUUCUUAAUACACACAUAUAUAUAUUAUAUAUACAUUAAGAAUAUAAUGCCAUGGCCUACAUUAGUAUUUAAACGUGAAAGGAAAAAAUACGUACAUUUAAGGGGCGCUCCAUUACGAGUACGAACGAGUGAAUGAAAAUUAAUGUUAUAUGUGACCGGAGAUAACCGAGUAUUUUUCGUGCUUGUAAAUGCAUCGAACGUUGUAAACAGUUUGUCGUACACGAUGUUCGUCUUGCAUCUUCUAAAUACUCUGUACGAAAUACGUAAGCUAAAAAUUUAUCAGUCAGAGGACAGUUACGAAAUAUUCUCUGUUAUCAAUCGAUGUAAUGAUCGUAUCGAGUGUUUUAUUUGGACUUUUCUCCUCUGUGCUCGUCAAUUUUAUUUAAAAAACACGAGAUAAAUCUCGCACGACGCGAUUAAGCGUUGCAUUUGGUUGCGUUUUAAAAGACUUACAUAAAACUGAUAAGUUUCCAAUUUACUUAAUGAUAGCAUAUUGCGUUUGAAAGUUCCCUGUACAAAUUGUUUUAUAAUAGUUCAAUACCGGGGAUUCACGCCAUUUCUUUUUAUUAAAAUCGCGUCAUGCGAGGAUUAUUGGUGUUUUAAUUUUUCGCUAUAGAAUCGUAGUGCACGAAGAAUGUACAUAAAUGCAAGAGGACGACAGACACAGUUCAUUAGAAAGAUUCUGUUUGAAGGUCUUUAGAAAGUUGUUUUUUACAAUACGAAGAAUUCUGUGUAACGUUAUCAAUUACGAACUUUGGAAGUUCGAUCUUGACUUUGUUUAUCAGAAUUCGAUUAUGGUGUCAAAUGGUUCGAGUAUACGCACGAAGUGCUCCUCCUGUUUGCAUAGAAAACCGAUCACACGAAUAUUUUGUGGUUUCACGUACGUGUAAGAUGUGCACAAACGUCCCGGCGCCACCGUUUAAUUCUAACAAAAAUGAAACAUAUUUGCCUUGAGAUAAAAGUAAUCCGUAUUAUAAAACGUCGAAGGUUAACAAAUGGAAUCCAGGUAGUUGCCGUAUCUUAGAAAAUUUGCUUGCGAUAUCGUUUGAUACAGCGAAAAGAAAGAAACGUUAUCGUAUUUUGUAACCGGUGAAACAUUAAACGAAUCAAGUUUGAUAGCAGCCUUCGUUAUAAACAUUGUAUGUACAUAGUAAUUUUUUUCCAAGCGCAACGAAGUAUUACGAAAAAUGUUACGGAGAAAUACGGUAUAUCUUGCUCCUUUUAUUUGCCAAACGAGAGAGCAUUAUUUCGAGAAAGUGCUCAAUGCGUAGCUUCGAAAUAGCAGCUUACGUCACGCACGAAAAAAACAAUUGUACAAAUUUUAUCGAAACGUUUGAACGACGUAGACAAAUUGUGCGAUUAUAUUAUUUGGCGCGAAAUUUGCAAGUUACGCGACAGAAUUUAUAUUAUUAUGUCCACGAAAUUUAUCGAAUCCGUGGGCUGCCGAUUUCAUUUCGAUAUUACGUGUAACUGUCUACGGGUUACACGCGUAUUUAUUAUCGUACGAUGAAACAAAUCGCUGCUUCGUUUCAAGCCUUCAAAUACGCGCAGUCUUGUCGCAGAAAUAAUGAGACUGAGUCCUAAAUUCGUACAUGAAAAAUAAUAUGAAGGAAAGCUGAAUUAAUCGAAAUGUAUUGGAAGUUUUAAUCGAACACAUUUGAAAGAGAAACGUUAAAAAUAAAUCAGUUUCAUUGCUUUUGAGACAGAUCGCGUAUUAGUAGAUAUUAUGUCGCAAAUUACGUGGACCAUCAUCGACAAUUUCUAUAUAACGAUCAUGGUAUCGUGAAAGAUCACGUAGACCCGGUUAAAUUUAAUCUUACAACGUCCCCGUGUUUCGAACGUUCAAUACCGUUAUUCGUUUCAUGAAAAUUCUCUUUUAUACACGAAAUUAAAUUAUGAGAAACAAAUAUGUCCGCCGCAAAUCCAGAUUGAAAGAGAUUAAUGCAGUUAUUAUUUCGUUUCGUGGAAAUCGCUUUUCGCAUAUAAAAUUACAUUGAUGAGAGCAAAAAUUUCCGACGCUAGUCCAAAUUGAAAAAGAUUAAAGCAGUGGUUAAUAAUAAAUAACAUAAGAAGACGAAACGAAAUGAAAAGAAAGAUGUGCAUAACGUGUGCAUUAUUGCAGACAGUUUUUUAGUCAUUAAGGAUUUAGCGUUCCUCGCAUGUAAUAAUCUGUAACAAAAGCGUUACGUUUUUUAAUCGCCGUCCAUAAGAAAAAAUCGUAAGGGAGAACAAAGGAAAACUCACAAAGCUCACCUGUGCUUUGCAACAAACGACAUUUAGAUACGACCAUAAAAUAUCGCGUAUUAAAGCAGAACUUCAAUGUUGAAUAAAACGAGCAUCCCGCUACUCGUGGUGUCAAACUCGUAGAAAAUUAAAUGAAACGAAAAGGAAGAAGAAAAAACAAGAGAUUAUCUGUAAAAUAGUCAAUACAUUGAAUCAUUGUGAUAACAAGUACGAGAAGAUGCAAUGUAGCGAAUGCUGUGAUUGUGCGAGUUAUCGAAGUCAGUUCUAGCAUACAGUUGUGUAAUCGGUGGUACAAACUGAACGAUUCUGUUGUACCAUCGAUUAUACAUCUUACGGAUAUUUUGGGAAUAUAUGGAUACGGGAGAAAGCUCGUUACGCGAGUGACCAAUGUUUAGUCCGCUGAUUAUAAUAAAACCGUUAUCCAUCGGAAAAGGUGCAAAGCGGAAUUCGGAAGCUUCUGACUUCGUUCUCGUUUCCUUCUCGGUAUUUGCUAGUUACUACACGUAUAUAUCGCACAUCGGUAUAGUUAAUUAUCAUAAUUCCUUAGGGAAGGGAAUAAAAAAUAAAUCAUCUGAUGACGCACAGGAAACAAUGAACUACGCGGUAAAAUAAGAGAGUAAUAGAGUUUGUAAGCUGGAUUACGACCGUUUCCAUCGUUCUUGUCCUAUACAUAUAUAGAUAGUUACGAACGAAGAAACAAAAAAAAUAUAUAUUUUGGAAAAAAAACACACACGAAGAUUCCUUCACAAUGAUAGUUAUGUACGAGAACCGACUAAUAAACACAUACUUCAUACAUGUAAUUAUAAAAAAAAAAUCGAUGUGUGUAUGUUACAUACGCACACGUAUAAGUGUACACGAUAUGGGUGUGUGUAUAUUUUUUUCGUUGAAAGUGUGUAUGCGUGUGUGCGACGCGAGCGUGUCACUAAUUGUGCAGGUCACUGUAUAAAGUACACGAUUGAUAAUAAAUUAUGAACACGUGUUUACAAAAAAAAAGGAAAAAUCCCCAAUUAAAAGUGUAAGAAAAAUCAGAUCGAAUUCAAGCGAUAUCCUUAUCCAUGAAGUUCCUGCACGUCUUUUUUUU